UUAUUGCCUGGUACAGACCCAAGGAGCAACCAUGAAGAUUUGCAUUUUCUUUACACUCCUAGGAACUGUCGCUGCUUUCCCCACUGAGGAUAACGAUGACAGAAUUGUUGGGGGCUACACUUGUCAGGAGCAUUCUGUCCCCUACCAGGUGUCACUGAAUGCUGGAUCUCACAUAUGUGGGGGCUCUCUCAUCACUGACCAAUGGGUACUGUCUGCUGCUCAUUGCUAUCAUCCCCAACUACAGGUGCGUCUUGGAGAACAUAACAUUUAUGAAAUUGAGGGUGCUGAGCAAUUCAUUGAUGCAGCCAAGAUGAUUCUUCAUCCUGACUAUGAUAAGUGGACUGUUGAUAAUGACAUCAUGCUGAUUAAGUUGAAGUCACCAGCCACCCUCAACUCUAAAGUAUCUACGAUCCCUCUGCCACAGUACUGUCCGACAGCUGGUACUGAGUGCCUGGUGUCUGGCUGGGGUGUUCUGAAAUUUGGCUUUGAGAGUCCUUCUGUUCUUCAGUGUCUGGAUGCUCCAGUCCUGUCUGAUUCUGUUUGUCACAAGGCCUACCCACGUCAGAUCACUAACAACAUGUUCUGUCUCGGCUUCCUGGAAGGUGGAAAGGACUCUUGCCAGUAUGACUCUGGUGGUCCUGUGGUUUGCAAUGGAGAAGUCCAAGGUAUUGUUUCCUGGGGUGAUGGCUGUGCUUUGGAAGGGAAGCCUGGUGUCUACACCAAGGUCUGCAACUACCUGAACUGGAUUCAUCAGACCAUUGCUGAAAACUAAGUGCCUUUAUCUCAUAAGGAGUCACUCUGUGAUGACCUUUUUCUAUGUCUAAAAUCUGUAUGGAAAUAAAAUAUUUUUCUUUGCUCUAAAUGUUUUGAAUCUUAAUGCUAAAUAAGAAAUUUGAACAACAUUGAGCAUUAAAGAGAGUUUAGAUAAUA